AUGAACUGGGUUCGUGGACGCUCGCUUGGUAGUGGAAGCUUCGCCUCCGUCAAUUUAGCCAAACCCAAAAAAACUUCCACUCUUUUUCACUCUCCCACCGCCGUCAAGACAUCCAAUGUGAACUCCUCGUCUUCGCUCAAAAACGAGGAACAGAUACUCCAUUGCCUAGGAUCGUGCCCGCAAAUUGUCAAGUGUUUUGGCCACGAUCAAACCGUGGAAAACGGGGAAGAGUACUACAAUCUUUUUCUUGAGUAUGCUGCCGGUGGCACUCUUGCUGAUCAGCUGAAGAAUCACAGUGGUCGCCGUUUCCCCGAAACCCUCGUUCGCCGAUAUGCAAGGUCCAUCCUCGAAGGGCUCCACCAUGUUCACUCGAAGGGGUUCGUUCACUGCGACAUCAAGCUUCAGAACAUACUUGUUUUCGACAAUGGUGAUGUUAAGAUUGCGGAUUUCGGGCUUGCCAAAGAGAAAGGGGAGAUACAUAGUACAACGUGGGAGUGCAGGGGAACUCCCUUGUUUCUAUCACCGGAAGCCGUGAAUGACAGUGAGUAUGAGCCACCAGCGGAUAUAUGGGCUUUGGGUUGCGCCGUCGUGGAGAUGGUGACAGGAAAGCCUGCAUGGAACGUGGAUAGCGGGACAAAUACAUGGUUUUUGUUAGUUCAAAUUGGGAUGGGAGAAGAGUUGCCACAAAUUCCAGAUGAAUUGUCGAAACAUGGGAAGGAUUUUCUUGAGAAGUGUUUUAUUAAGGAUCCAAAGAAGAGGUGGAGUGCAGAGAUGCUUCUGGGGCACCCUUUUAUUGCAGAUGAUAUUGUUCCAUUGGAGCAAGUGAAGGAGAAGGAGCCAUUGCCAUGUCCAUCUCCAAGAACUCAUUUUGAUUGGGUUUCCACCGUGACGACAACUUCAGUUCCUGCUACACCAAAUUCUGGUGAAUGGAAAUGUUCACCGGCAGACCGGCUUCAGCGGCUGGUCGGGGAUCAAGUUCCAACAGAUUGGUUUGAAUCAGAAAGCUGGACUAUUGUUAGAUCAAGUUAGAAUUUUCAUUCAUCGUGGUACAUUUACCUGCAUAAUUGUUCAAUGUUCAAAGGAAUAAGAUUAGUGGAGAUUGCCUAUAUUCUUGGUUCGGCACAACUUGGUGCAGAAUGUACAGAGAUUCAAUUUAUAUAUCAUAAUACCAAAUUUUCGUUAAUUUUUUCAAUUAGAUGUUCCUUUGCUUUGGUUGAGGUUUUUAAUUUUCUUCUUUGUUUCUUUCUUUAUUUUCAUUAGAAUAGCUUUCACUUUCAAGUUUCAACCCUAAUAUUUUCUUGUCUAGCUAUGCUAAUUAAUCUCAUAUAUUAGCAUGCUGGUAAUGGUUUCAACCAUGAUCAUGUCUAUGUAAAGAGUGGGGGGGGGCUGAACAUUUUUUUUUAAUUUGUCAUCUAUUUAAUGUUUUCUGAUUUUAUGAUUCAAUUAGAAUUUUCCAGUUAAAAUUUUAUUUGGGUUGAGGAAGGUCCUCCUUUUUUUAAAAUGUAAGAGACUAUUUAUCAUAUUGGUUUUAAGCCUCCAUG